AUGACUACAUCAUCGUCAAGCUUCUCUUUUUCUUCUUCGGAUAUUGGGGACACGGAUGCGGAUUCAUCGGCUGACUCAAUUUCCUCCGUCUCGGGCUCAUGUUCCUCCAUGAUCACAGCAAUAUCACCUUCCCAUAUGCAGGGUUCUCACACAAAAACUAUUGUGGAGGACCAACCUUUGUUAUCAUCACCCGCCAUUUUAAUUCAAGACGAUUAUACCCAGAACAACAGCAAGUUACAUAAUGAAAUACAUGGCAGGAGCAUAUUUGAGACUCCAUCCGUCCCAACAGCGUCAACUGAAGCUAAUAAUUCCCUUUCAACGGGACAUUUGAAUGGCAACAGCAACAAGCAAGAGAACGGGUCGGAGAUAUGUGAUCUUGUGGUGGUCGUCCGCGAUUUCGCAUAUCCCAAGUCACAUUCAUAUCAUUUUGGAAAUUACCCUCCAGAGCCCACGCAUGAGGAUUUUGACGAUGAUGAUGACGAUUAUGACGAUUACGAUAGAGCAGAUCAUAAGGAUAGCAGGGGCCAGGAUAGCAGUUCAGAAAGUUCAUGGGCAACUUCAGUCCCAUCAUCAUUACAAAAAGAUCAAAGUCAGCAACCACAGGGUUAUGCAAGAGGUUUGUAUGACUUUGACGCUGAGAACUCUAGUGAAUUGACGUUCAAGGAGGGUGACUAUUUAUGGAUUCACUGCAGGCAAUACCCAGGGUGGCUUUUGGGGGAAUUGGAUAGUGGCGCACAGGGUUUGGUUCCUGAGAACUAUGUACAAAUGGUUUGA